AUGGCGGAGGUGGGGGGGGUCUUCGCCUCCUUGGACUGGGAUCUGCACGGCUUCUCCUCGUCUCUGGGGACCGUGCCCUUAGCUGACUCCCCGGGUUUCCUGAACGAGCGCCUAGGCCAGAUCGAGGGGAAGCUGCAGCGCGGCUCGCCCACAGACUUCGCCCACCUGAAGGGGAUCCUGCGGCGUCGCCAGCUCUACUGCCGCACCGGCUUCCACCUGGAGAUCUUCCCCAACGGCACAGUGCACGGCACCCGCCAUGACCACAGCCGUUUCGGAAUCCUGGAGUUUAUCAGCCUGGCAGUGGGGUUGAUCAGCAUCCGGGGAGUGGACUCUGGCCUGUACUUAGGAAUGAAUGAGCGAGGAGAACUAUAUGGGUCGAAGAAACUCACACGUGAAUGUGUGUUCCGGGAACAAUUUGAAGAAAACUGGUACAACACCUAUGCUUCCACCUUGUACAAACACUUGGACUCGGAGAGACAGUAUUAUGUGGCCUUGAAUAAAGACGGCUCACCCCGGGAGGGAUACAGGACUAAACGACACCAGAAAUUUACUCACUUUUUGCCCAGGCCAGUAGAUCCUUCUAAGUUGCCCUCCAUGUCCAGAGACCUCUUCCGCUAUAGGUAA